GGGAAGCGGGAGGCGGAAAGCCGACGAGGCGGCGCGUGCGCAGAGCCUCGCACCAUCCGCUGUGGGGAGGCAGCGGCAGUGGCGGCGGCGGCACGAUGCCCCGCGACAACAUGGCCUCCCUGAUCCAGCGGGUAGCCCGGCAGGCCCGCCUCACGUUCCGUCCGCCGGGCGGUAACAACAACAGCGGCGGCGGCGACGGGAGCGGGCCUCGCUUCGCGGAGAACCUGCACCGCCUGCAGCAGCUGCUGAACGAGGUCCGGGCCGAGGACCUGCGCCUGUCCCCGCGGGGCCCGUCCGCGGUGCCGGGCCUGGCUCAGCCUCCCGUGAGCUACAUGCACAUCUGCGAGACGGAGAGCUUCAGCAUGGGCGUGUUCGUGCUGCGCGCCGGCGCCUGCAUCCCUCUGCACGACCACCCGGGCAUGGACGGGCUGCUCAAGGUGCUCUACGGCACGCUGCGCAUCGCCUGCUUCGACGCCCCCGACGGGGGAGCCGGAGGAGCCGGAGCGGGAAGCGCCACCUCCGCGGGGUCGUCGUCGGGGCAGCCCCCUCCCCCCCGGCCGGGCUCCCGCCGUCGUGCCCUGCUCCGCUCGCACCAGCUCUACACGCCCGCCUCGGCGCCGUGCCUGCUGUCGCCGCACACCGACAACCUGCACCAGAUCGACGCUGUGGGCGGGCCCGCCGCCUUCCUCGACAUCCUCGCGCCGCCCUACGACCCGGAGCACGGGCGGGACUGCCACUACUUCCGCCUGCUGGACGGGCAGAGCCUGCCUCCGCCCACUGCAGACCCUCUGGGUCUGCCCAAGGAGGUGUGGCUGCUCGAGACGCCCCAGGCGGCGGAUUUCUGGUGCGGCGGAGAGCCCUACCCGGGGCCCCAGGUGUCCCCUUGAAGGACGAUCCCCACACCCGCGAUGCUGCUUGCCUGAUCUGCCCGUCAUCCGGUUUAGACGGAGGGAAGAUGCGAGUCCUUUUCUCGUCCCCAAGGCCCGCCGUGAAGGGAGUGCCCAGCUGCCCCAGGCCCCUCGACACACUGGCUUCCUGAGGUGCUGAUGCUGCAGUUGGGGAGAGCAAAGCCAUUGGAGGAGUCCUGUCCAUUCCCUGGCCAGAAGCAUUUCCCCCUUCUGAACUUGCAGCUUCCUUCCUUCCUGCGGCUGCACCACACAAAAUGUCCUACUUCCACGAGGGCAUUUAUCGGGAGGUGUCUCGAUUUGUUUUGGGGAGAUAAGUCAGCAUCUGCUGCUACUUCUGGUUCAAUUAUUUCAGAGAGCACGAAGAACUCAACUCCACUGGCUUAAGGUGAAGGGGCAGAUCUGCAGGCGACAUUAAAUGAAGAGUUAAGGAAGGAAAACAGGUCCCGCACCUAUUCCAAACCCGCAUUUCAAAUGGUACACAUAAAAGUAGGGUAUUUUUUAAGGGUGGAUGUUGCCCUCCCCACCUGCAGGCAAAUUCCCAGUAGCACAACAGCCAACUCCUACUUGGCAUACAAACUGAGAACACUUAAGGUGGGCACUGCCUCUUUUCUGGCCAAGAACGUGGCCUGAUCUGCUUUGUUGUGUGUGUGUCUCAGCUGCUUGGAGCGGAGAGGGGAACCAUCAUCCACUCAGGACACAUACUGUAUUCCACAGCUCUUCCUGCAAGGAAGCUACUACAAAAUCCGGAGCCUUCCUCUCCAUUCUGUGCGUGCAAAGCAGUCAGGUGCCAUUGUAUUUAUUCCUACCAGUUGCUGUGAAGAUAAGGAAGAAUAGGUUUGGUUAAAAACAACAACUACACUACUUGGCUUAAUUUAGAAAUAAACUUUGGGCUGCGAAUUCCCUUUUUUUCCUUUUGCUACAGGUGAAAAAAUAAAGGCAAUAAGAGUUCUUCCCUGAAGCUUGCUAGUUAACUUUCCCUAUGAAUGGUCCAGUACUUUUCAUUUCCCAUGUCAAUUCAGACUGAUGAGGAUAUUGUCCUGCUCCUUCUCUCCUGGGUGGAUUUGGGAGGGAAAAAAAUGUGCUGAAAAGCCAAGAAAGAUACUAAAUUGGCUGGAGCAGAGACUAGUUUGCUAUAUAACUGAAAUUCAGCUUGCAUUCUGUGCAAGGAUGCUGCCAGGUUAGAGAUUAUCCUGUGGGGGAGAAAUAUUGUAUUAAGAAACAUGAUUUUUAGAUAUUAAAAUCAGAGAAUUCCUGAUUA